UUCGUCGAUUCAAGUUUAUAUAGGCAACCCAAAUUAUACGCCACUAUGCCUCGGGUCAAGAUUUAGAUAGAAUAAAAAUUCCCACUCCCACCCUGUGGCACUGGCAACUGGCAACACUCAACUCAACACUGCUCCCGCUCCCACCAUCUUUUGAUGCCUUAAAUAUUUUGUUGAUAUAGGGCUUUUCAUUCACAGUUAUUUGUUUCGAGCUUCUGUCAUGUGACACAUAAUAUUAAUAUAUCUACGUCAUACGUUAUUGGUAUAUAACAAUGAUACAAACCAAACACGUAUGGCGUAGAUAUAUUAAUAUUAUGUGACACAUGACAGAAGCUCGAAACAAAUGACAAUCGAUGAAAAGCCCUAUUAUACAUUAUACUUAUUUUAAUUACAAAUACAAAUAAAUUCCUUUAUUAGUUAUGGAAGUUAAAAGUGAAAUUAAGAAAGAAUUUACUGAAUAUGACCAAACAUCAGGUCAUUUAUGGGCAUCAGUAGAUCUCCAAAACUUAAAAAAUGAACCAAAGGAAGAUCAUCCAGCUCUGGAAGUUAAAGUUAAAAAGGAAGAGUUUGGAGAAUAUGACCAAAAAGUUCUAGAGAAUCUAUCCACAUCAAUAGAUCUUCAAGACCUGAAGGAUGAACCAGAGGAAAAUCAACCAGGUUGUUCAGGCAAUAACACCAGAAUAAAAAUGAUGAAAACACCUGAAGAUUCAUCUCAUGAAGAAGAAGAUUUGGCUAGAUACAUUGAAGAAAGAACAUUAAGUAAAAACAUGAAAGUUCAAACUGGAAGUGGACCUUACAAAUGUAUAAUUUGUUUAAAACAAUUUACUGCAGCAUGUACCCUGAAAUCACAUAUGGUGACUCACACUGGAGAAAAGCCUUAUAAGUGUGAUACUUGUUUGAAACAAUUUACUGCACCAAGCGCUCUGAAAUCACAUAUGGUGACUCACACUGGAGAAAAGCCUUACAAGUGCGAGAUUUGUCUUAAGCGAUUUACUCAAGCCAGUUCUUUGAAACUACAUAUGAGGACUCACACUGGUGAAAAGUCUUAUAAAUGUAAAAUUUGUUUUAAGCAGUUUGCUCUAGCCGGUAAUUUAAAAUCACAUGUGAUGACUCAUAUAGGAGAAAAGCCGUACAAGUGUGAUAUUUGUUUUAAGCAGUUUACUAAAACCAAUAAUUUGAAAUCACAUAUGAUGACUCACACUGGAGAAAAGCCUUACAAGUGCGAGAUUUGUCUUAAGCAGUUAACUCACGCUAGUUAUUUGAAACUACAUAUGAUGACUCACACUGGAGAAAAGCCUUAUAAGUGUGAUAUGUGUUUUAAGCAGUUUACUCAAGCCGGUCCUUUGAAGUCACACAUGAUGACUCACAGUGGAGAAAAGCCUUACAAGUGCGAGAUUUGUCUUAAGCAGUCAACUCACGCCAAUCAUUUGAAACUACAUAUGAUGACUCACACUGGAGAAAAGCCUUAUAAGUGUGAUAUUUGUUUUAAGCAGUUUACUCAAGCCGGUCCUUUGAAAUCACACAUGAUGACUCACACUGGAGAAAAACCUUAUAAGUGUGAUAUAUGUCUUAAGCAGUUUAUUCAAGCCGGUCAUUUAAAAUCACACAUGAUGAGUCACACUGGAGAAAAGCCUUAUAAGUGUGAUAUUUGUUUUAGGCAGUUUACACAAGCCAGUACUUUGAAGUCACACAUGAUGACUCACACUGGAGAAAAACCUUACAAGUGCGAGAUUUGUCUUAAGCAAUUUACUCAAGCCUGUCAUUUUAAAUCACAUAUCAUGACUCACACUGGAGUAAAUCUUCACAGAUGUGAAAUUUGUUUGAAGCAGUUUACUGCGGCAAGUACUUUGAAAAGACACUUGAGAAUACACACUGGAGAAAAGCCUUACAAGUGCAAAAUCUGUUUUAAGCAGCUUACUCGAACGGAACAUUUGAAAUCACACAUGAUGACUCACACUGGAAAAAGCCUCACAGAUGUGAAAUUUCUAGAAAGGCGGCAGGAGCGGCACCGUUGUUCAGGCAAUGAGAACAGAAUAAAAAUGAUGAAAAUACCUGAACAUUCAUCUCAUGGAGAAGAAGAUUUGGGUAGAUACAUUGAAGAAAGAACAUUAAGUAAAAACAUGAAAGUUCAAACUGGAAGUAGACCUUACAAGUGUGCAAUUUGUUUAACUCCAUUUACUGCAAUUUUUACCCUGAAAUCACAUAUGAUGACUCACACUGGAGAAAAGCCUUAUAAGUGUGAUACUUGUUUGAAACAGUUUACUGCACAAAAUACUCUGAAAUCACAUUUGGUGAUUCACACUGGACAUAAGCCUUACAAGUGUGAAAUUUGUUUUAAGCAGUUUGCUCAAGCUGGUAAUUUGAAAUCACAUGUGAUGACUCACACUGGAGAAAAGCCUUACAAGUGCGAGAUUUGUCUUAAGCAGUUUACUCAAGCCAGUAAUUUGAAAUCACACAUGAUGACUCACACUGGAGAAAAGCCUUAUAAGUGUGAUAUUUGUUUCAAGAAGUUUACUCAUGCAGGUUCUUUGAAAUCACACAUGAUGACUCACAAUGGAGAAAAACCUUACAAGUGUGAUAUUUGUCUUAAACAGUUUACUCAUGCCAGUAAUUUGAAGUCACACAUGAUGACUCACACUGGAGAAAUCCCUUACAAGUGUAAGAUUUGUCUUAAGCAGUUUACCCAUGCCACUAGUUUGAAAUUACACAUGGUGACUCACACUGGAGAAAAGCCUUAUAAGUGUGAUAUUUGUUUUAAGCAGUUUACUCAAGCCGUUCAUUUGAAAACGCAUAUGAUGAUUCACACUGGAGAAAAGUCUUACAAGUGUGAUAUUUGUUUUAAGCAGUUUACUCAAGCCAGUUCUUUGAAAUCACACAUGAUGACUCACACUGGUGAAAAACCUUACGAGUGCGAUAUUUGUUUUAAGCAGUUUACUCAUGCCAGUAGUUUGAAAUCACACAUGAUGAGUCACACUGGAGAAAAGUCUUAUAAGUGUGACAUUUGUUUUAAGCAGUUUACUCAAGCCGGUCCUUUGAAGUCACACAUGAUGACUCACACUGGAGAAAUCCCUUACAAGUGCGACAUUUGUCUUAAGCCAUUUACUCAAGUCAGACAUUUUAAAUCACAUAUCAUGACUCACACUGGAAUAAAUCUUCACAGAUGUGAAAUUUGUUCGAAGCAGUUUACUGCGGCCAGUACUUUGAAAAGACACUUGAGAAUACACACUGGAGAAAAGCCUUACAAGUGCGAAAUUUGUUUUAAGCAGCUUACUCGAGCCGAACAUUUGAAAUCACACAUGAUGACUCACACUGGAAAAAGCCUCACAGAUGUGAAAUUUGUGUGAAACAGUUAUAUACAAGGAAUUUGAGAAGACAUGUCACAAUUAACUACCCCAGAUAACCGAAAUACCAUUGAAAAAUAAUAUUUCAAUCAACCAUGAUACUUAUCGUUCACCCUAGCCUAGCUCAGAUUCACAAGUUGUGUGUUCGUCUUGUCCUAAUCAAAAAUAUGAGCAAUGAACAUCUGGAUUGGAAGCAAACAAAACAAUAUUUAACUAAUCAUGUUUAUUCCUCAAUAAAGAUAUAAAUAUAAUAAAAUAUAAUUUACAUUCAAUAACAUAAUAUAUAUUCAGAUUCUUGCCAAAAACUAACAAUUCUUGGAUUAUACUUAUGGCUUUUGGUAUUGGUUCGAUUGUAACUCCUUGAUGUCGAAUGGUACUGCUGUUUCUGAGAGUGGCUCUGAGGUCCUAAAUGUUGCAUUUCACCCGGCCUAUGGAUGUUGGUUGGUGGUUGCAGUAUAGAUGGUCAUUAUAUGGUCCUCAUGGUUGUAUCGUCGGCGAUGGAGGAUGCAUGAGGCUCCCGAAUGGAGAAAGGUGAUUUUUAUUCCCAAAAACUAGAAGACAAGCCAUAUAUUAGUGACAUCAAGAAGUAUCUAUUGAAACCUUUCCUUGCCCAAUAAUCGUAAAAGUAGCAAAUGGCAAAGGAAUAAAACAAAAUUAAUAGCAAUGAUUACUAGUUAAAUUAUUAGAUUAUCACGUCCAUGUUACUAGGUAAAAAGAUUAUCGUAACAAAGCACAUGGGUAGAGAUUUGGAGGUUAGAUACGAAAGAAUGAUUAUAAAAACUAUUAAUGUAGAAAUAUAAAUUAAUAUAUUCGGGCCUUUGUUUCCACUCUUAGUUGUUUGUUUUUCCAAAUUGUGUCGUUUAUUCAUCCGGCCGUUCUACUGGCUUUAAUUAUUUGGCCUAUUACCUGUGAUAUUAUCGACUCGACUAAUAUUCUUUUUACUGAUGAGUCAAGGUCCUUUGUGGAUCCGACAGACACUUUGCACUGUUGGAUCCACAAAGUGCAAAUCUUGACCUCAUCAAUAAAAAGAAUAUCAGCCCAGUCGUUAAUAUCCCAAACGACAUAUUCUGGUGCAAAACUUAAACGUGUUAUACGCUGUGCACUCGUUAAAAGUAGAGAAGUAGCAGCCACUCUGACUCUGAUUCCAAAUUCCCUUAAUUUGUUUAAAACCAAAUUGGCACUUUACGAACAGAACAUUACGAGCCACGGGCUAUCGAAAGCUCAUUUUGCAGUUGUCUAGCUGUAAUAUGAUGUGUACGUAAAGUCUUCAGAUGUGAAUAGCGUUCAUCUGCUGGGUUCGUGAACGUGGAAAGUCCUGGAACUGGUCUUCUUGUGUAUCCUCCACCUUCUUAAAGCACUUAAAAUACUGGAUUGGUGGAUUCCCAUAGAUAUCACUGCGACCGUCCAUCUCAAAUUAAAGCUACAAUUUGGACUGCUUGUUCUGACGUUAUAUUACUCAUUUUUUGUAAAAGACCACACUCCCUCAUUGAAAACUCUAGCAUACAUAGUACACAGAUCAAAUUCUCGAACACAACUGUACAAAAUAAAUAUUCUUCUUUAAC